GGAAACUGUGCGUGACCUUGUGUAUUUAGACUGUAAUACUGUGUUAAUAUUGCAAAUUUACAAUUUUGUUAGAUUCACUAAUUCAACUAUAAUGGAUGGAUUCUCGUCCCCACCUGUAGGAGGAAAAAUGGACUCAGCGACUAGGGAGCAAUUAAUGUCACAAGUCAAACAACAAAUAGCGCUUGCGAAUGCACAAGAAUUAUUGCAGGUUAGCAGGACCACUCUUCAUACAAUAAUUUAUAAUUAAUUUAUAAUUCAGUGUUGACUGACAGUCCACUCUGGCAUCGAGUCUUAAACUCAUCAUUGACGUCUGCAUGUGAAUGUAUGACUGAUUCAGUGAAUGUAACCUAAUUUAAAAGAAAAAAAUAAUUAAAAUGACAUAUUCCAAAACAAGUAUAUUAAUUGUGAUAAGGGUCAAACCAAAUGCUGCUAAAUCAAAUCUGAUGACGACUGCCACGGCCUCUUUUGGGUGUUUCUUAUUUAUAGUUGCAGUGAAUUAGGGUUUAGGUUAGUUUGAGGGAUCGAUUUUUUAGGGUUCAGGUUAGGCAUAGGGAUCGAUUUAGGGUUCAGGUUAGGCAUAGGGAUCGAUUUAGGGAUACAUUCGUGAAAGAUUCAACCAAGAUGGCGGCCAUCAAUAAUCAAUAAAAUAAUAAUUACCCCAAAUUCAAAUGGGCAUGGGUAAAUGUCAAAUUUGCAGUUAGAAUAAAGUAUAAAGUUAUAUUGAUUUAGAAUUUAAAGGUAGAUAGACUAUAGUUAGGACCCAAAGUUGUCUCACCUUAAGCCUAAGCCAAAGCACAUUGAUGUCACUUUGGAAAAUCCCAGUACUGGACAUAGGCAUAGGGUGACAGGACCAACAGUUGGACUUGAAUGUGUAUGAUAACUAAACUUUCCUGUUCUUUACUAAGCAUUUUUUGCAUCAAUUGCGUAAUCUGAAAAUUGAUAAAGUAAAUACAGUUAAUAUAACAUGGAAUUUUCCAUUCAUUUUUUAUUAAAAUUCAACUUACAAAGUUCAAAAGAAAUAAAAAGAUUUAUCCUUGCUAAUCACUGUCUGAUACUGAUACCCUAAGAUGAACACAAGAAAGAAGACAUGGGAAUGCUUGAAAGUGCCCUUCUGACUUCUGCUAUUAAUUUCUAUAAUGUCUCAAUUUAACAGGACAUUUUCCACCUUCAAGUCAAAAAUUAAAAAAUAAAUAAAAUAUCUUUCAUCAUAUAAUAUAAAUACAGAACUAAAAUUUGAAACCUCCAGACUUCAGAAAAACGGAUCUAUGGCUGGUAGUUGACCUGGGGAAACCUCCAUGACCUAUAUACAGUGGAAGACAUCGCUGGCCCCUCAGCUAACUGUAUUUUAUCCCCAAUAAUGUUGUCUUUUAGAGAGAAUAUUUCAUAGAUAAGAUUGAGUUAGGCAGAAGUAGAGGGGUAAUUAAUUAAGAUUGAGUUAGGAAGAAGUAGAGGGGUAAUUGAACAUGGUGCAACUUCUGGUUGUCAAGUUUUAAUGUAAAAUUUAAUUGUUUACUUUAGAUAAUUGGUAAAUUUUGGGUUAGCUGUAGGGGUUUUGCUAAGAGUUGUCUCACCCUAACCACAGUGAAUCCCAACACUGGACUUGGUGAAUAGACUUAGACUAAUAUUUGUUGGACUUGUUGAUGUGUGUCAUAACUUUCUUGUUCUUAAUUGAGCAUAACUCAGAUCAUAAUCUAAAUCUAAUGAUCGAUAGGUUAGUAGAAGUAUAAAUGAAAUUUUCCAUUCAUUUUUAUUAAAUUUAAACUUAUAAUUAUAAGAAACAUGUCCUUGUUGAAACUCCAAAAUUAACACUGGUGAAUAAAUAUACAUGCGCUAAACUUCGAUGACACAGGAGUGACUACUACUUAAUUUGUAUACAUUUUGUAAGGCUAGAAGUUACAAUUUAUUUAUUAUAACAUUUUAAAAUUUAGCAUUAACUUUCAAAAGACUGAAGAUUUUUCAGGUUUUCUAUGGCCUAGACUACAACUUAUAUUCAAAGUGUCUCAUAGCUGUAAUUUUGUAGCUACCUACAAGUAUUAUAUAUCAUUUUAAUGGGCAUUACAUGCUCUUUAAUUGAAUCAAGUGUUUGUUCAAAAUAUACUUGCUAAAUGUGAUUUUAUUAUUAUUUUUAGGCAAACUUUUUUUUUCUUAGUUGAAAAAAACAUAAAGUCACAGUUUUACAAAGAAAGAAAAAAAAUAUUUUAAUUAUAGCAAUAAAAUUGAUAUUUUAUUAGGAUAUAUUCAAUGCUCCAAUACAUAUUCAAAUUUCAAAAGAAUAGAUUGAAAAUUUGUUUAAGUUAUGGCUAUUUGUAUAAAAAAUAUAAUUCAAGGAAAUGUUGCUCCAAAAAGUCAAAUUUACUAUAAAAAUUAUUAUUAUUUUUUCAAAAGAAAACGCACAUUGCAUCAAAUUAUCACUUAGGAAAAUUAUUAGUAAGUAAUACUUUAAAAAGAUUUCUCAUUUUUAGAAUAAAAGUUAAGAAAAUAAAAGCACAUGAGUAAAAAAAAAAUUUAAACAUCACAGAGAUAUCAAUCAGAUGAUUUAUCCUUGCCAAGACAGUGCAUAUAAAAUUCCUGAAAAAAUUUUGUUUCUUUAUUAAAACAUAAAAAUGUAUCACAAACGAGGCAUCUGACAUGCACUGAACAUUUUACCCUACUUUUUGUAACACAAUUUACUUUUUUUGUUUGCUACUGAAUUGUAAGGUUGCAGAGCACUAUGUUAAAAUGUAAGGCUUUCCAGUAACUGAUGCAUCAUCAAAGAUACCCUAUGUUCCCUAAUUUGUUCAUUAAUUGCUACAUUUUCUUGAUGCUGAUACAGUUCUUUGUAUUUUGCUUUUAGAUACAUAAGAGUCUCCCAAUUUAGCACAGCAUGUCUAUUUUAUUUUCAAUACCGGUAUCAGAAACUUUUAUGAAACCCGAUAAGGCCUUGAGUAUGUGCCUAGAAAUAAUGGCCUUGCCCAUAGUCCUUCAUAUAAGGAUUUCCUGGUGACUCCUUCCCCACUUUUAAAGAUAGAAAAUGAGAAAACAAAAACUUGCAUCAAGUAAACACAAAGAUAAAAAUCAAAAUCUUUUGAAUACGGCACAGAGCAUAGAUGGAAGUUGACUGGGGGAACCUCUUUGAUCAAUAUACCCUGGAACACAUGGCCUGUCUUACCGCUAACUCAAAAUCAGCCAAUUAAUUAAUUAACAUAAAUGGCUGGAAGUCAGCAUGCUCUGACAACCAUUGUCAAAUACAUACGCAAUUGUCACAAUGUGUCAGUGAAAUGAAAAGUGCAAUAUCAUUGUUGUUGCCGGAAAUAUCGGAUAUAGAAGUAUGCACAUGUUGGCUAGAUGUACUUUGAUAAAUUGCUAACAUGUUUACCUGUGCUACUUGUCAACAGUCUUGUCACUUAGAACGCCCACGGUGGCAGCGCAAACAGUCCAAGAUGCAAUCGUCUUGACUGGGAUUUCAGAAUUUACUCUGUUCUUUCUUCAGCAGUAGCCACCAGCCAUCACCAGUUCAGAAUCCCGGGGGAACUGUUUCCGCCAUACCUCCAUCAAUUUAUAUUUCGGAACAAAUUCAAGAAUGAUAACAAUAAUAACAUGUUCUGUGGUUGCUGAUAAUUAUCAGUGUUGACUUUUGUACUGUUUAAAUAAAGUGCUUAAUUCUCAUUAAAGACAUUUUUUGAAUUUGAGCACCUAUACUGGACGAUUAGGGAUAGAGGCAGAUGGUAAAAAUUAUUUUGAGAUUGGCAUUAUUGAGAUCUAUGUUGACUACCCAUAAUAAAUAAAUACUAGGUGUUGAAUUACUUCUACAGACCUCUUUAAUUUCCAGCAUUUCAGUUUCAUUGGUAUGAGACUUUAAAAGAAAAAUCACAUUCAAAAUGAAGUUCAGUCUAAAUCAUCUCUCUGUAUUCCAUACAUGCCAAUCUGUUGGGAUCAAGAACUGUACCGGUACAAAAAGUUAAAAAAAACUGUACAAAGCAUGAAAAUAUAUGUACAGAAUAUAGAAAUAAUGAAAAUUUGAAGAGAUAACUUUUUCAUAAAUUAAUUAUCAAUUUACCUAAUUUUCAUGAAUUAUCUCCCCUUGGCUGCAAUGCAUACUUUUAGCAUGUAUUUAAAAAAAAAAACUAGAUUGUUUUAAGUCAGAUUUUGCGCUUCUUACACUUGUCAAUAGCAAUUUUACCUUUAAUUUAUAGCUUUAUUUUUCAAAAGUCAUAUAGAUAGUUUUUCAAAAUAUAUUAUUUAACCAUAGGCACUUUGUGGAUAUGAAGUGUUAAUUGGAAGUUAUAAUAAGACUUACACAAACAGUCGAAGUAGUUACUACAGAUGAACUCUAUAGUAUUAACGAAUGAAAUCUUGCUCAGUUUCAAAAUUUAGAUAGCUUAUUAAUCCCAGAAUUUGGGCCAAAGGUAAUAUUUAAUAGAACAAGAAGAUUUCAGCUUUUUAUUUACUAACAAUGAAUUUAUUGCAUUGCCAGUUAUAAUUUUCAAUGCCAUUAAUGUUUUCAUCUCCACUAUAUCUGUGUGUAUUGUUUCAUCUAAAGAAAGUGGUAUAGAGCCAGUAGAGGUUUAUUUCCAUGUGUUAAUUAAAAGAAUCCACCAGCUCUUGCCAUUAUACUUACAUCUGCUUUAUGUAAUUAUUUUAUAAAUAAUUUCAAUAUUUAACUAAUAAAUAUUGUCAUAUUCAAAUAUAUCUCCCCAGAAAAUGUCCGAAAAGUGUUAUAAAAAGUGUAUUGCUAAACCUGGUACCACAUUAGACAAUUCAGAACAAGUAAGUAAAUUUAAUUCUAUUUUUCUUUUAAAAUACUUUUAUUAAUGCAAGGAUAAGCAUAUUAAAAGCUUCAAACUAGUAGUUUAGGACUGAAUUUUCUAUCUGGUAAAAAGCUGUUUUGUUUAUGGUGAAAAUGUAAUUCAAAAUAAUUACGUACAGUACUAAGUUUUUUUUAUCAUGCCUAUUUAGCAAAGCAGAUUAUAAAUAUUUUUUUUAAUUUCAGAAAUGUAUUGCCAUGUGUAUGGACAGAUAUAUGGACACAUGGAAUCUUGUUUCUCGAGUUUAUAGCCAAAGGUUACAGAGGGAAUCAAGCCGAAUGUCAUAAUAAAAAGUAUAAUUAGGAAUGUACAGUAAAUGGGACUUGUUGACACAUACCAACAUAAUAAAAAAUUUGUGCAAAGAUUGAACCAAAAAAAAAAAAAGGAUCCCAGGAUUAAUUUGUUACAGAAUUUCAUAUUACAUAAGCAUUUCUUUAAUAUUUGAAACAAAGACUUGUUUUAUAGAUUUUGUUAGAUUCAGCAUUGCAUGUUAUAUUAUGCUUUGAAAGAGUUAGGCAUGAAAUUUUUACGUUUUUUUCACCAUCCUUUGUGAUUGAUUUUCAGUUAUGGUAACAUAAAAUGUUAAGCGGGGGCAGUUGUAUACAUUUAUUUUAUUAUUUAGUUAACAAAUUGCUUUGUUCUCAUAUUGUCAAAGUACCUAACAACCUACAUAGGUAAAUUGUAUGUUGUUUCUUUGUUUUAUAGAGGAGCAUGGAAUUUUAUCAAUUUAUUAAAGGGUAGUUACUUCUGUUAUAAUUAUUUUAUUCAAUUGCAUUUAAAAAGCCUAAAAAAAUUAUUAGGGCAAAAAUAAAAAAAAAUAUUUUAAAUUAAUUAACAUGGAGUGAUUGGUAAAAGUAUUUUAUAUUAUUAUUUUUUUUAAUAAUUAUAUCUGGCAGUCACAUAGAAAAUGUUUUUUAAUGAAGUAAUAUUAAUUAAUGCUUUAUAUUAAAAUGGAUUUAUAACAAUUAUCCACAGCUAGAUUUCACUCUUUGAAGUGUAAAUCUGCUUAUUUACCUGAAAUUUCUCUUCAAUUUUUCAAUUCUUGAUUUAAUGGGAAAAGUGGAUGACAAAUUUUUAUGUAGUGCUACCAUAAAGUUAUGAUCAGCUUUAUGGUCUUAUUCUCUAACAUUUUAACAUCUUGUGUAUGAUACCAAUUAUUUUAGCAAGGGAGUUCCAUAGAAAUGAGCAAAGAUAUUUUUUGUAGGCUGUAAGUACUAUAACUCUAUCCUAGGAGUAGGAGUGGAAUUAAUACAAAUUUUUGCAUCAAACAAUUUAGGAAAUAAUGGAGUAUUGUUUGCAUGGACUUUUUUGUAUUGUGUGAACGUUUUUUCAUGGUUUUGUAAUUAAUUUGUGAAAUUGUGGGAGCACUAUCAAAAAUUGUAAACAUGAAAGUUUUGUUUUGAAUAACAGAAAUUUUAGACCAAAAAUGUGUGUUGGUAUGUUAUCUUAUCAGAUAUUGAUUUUGUGAGUACAUAAUUGAAAUGUUGAUGAAUACAGUUUUAAUAACAACUUUCCAUUUUUGUUCUUCUUAUAUGUUUGUGAAAAAAGUACAAAUUUAGAUAACAAUUUUGUUUAUAACCCAGCUUUACUAUAAUCCUGGGGACCUGCCAAUAGUCAGGCCAUCCAUGGAACGUAUUGGUCCAUAAUGAUCAUUCCCUAUAUAAUAAAUGAUAUACCGGUAUAAAUAGUCUUCUCAUCUAUGCCAUUUAUUCCAAAUGUAAUUGUGAUUGUAAUGUAAAAGUAAUCUUCAAAAUGGCUCAUCAUAAUUAGCUGAAUUUU